AUGGCCAAAGAACAAGUUGCACACGUCGAAGUCGCCUCUUCGGUAGACGACAGCACCGCUGUCAAGGAACUCGGCGAUGAGGACAGUCAAGUCGGCUUCUCCAAGCCAGAAACGAGCAGGCUCUUGCGCAAGCUCGAUCGCACACUUUUGCCCUUUCUCUCGCUUCUUUACCUCUUAUCAUUCCUCGACCGAGCAAACAUUGGAAACGCCAAGCUCGCUGGCCUGGAACGGGACCUCAAUAUGACGGGCUACGACUACAGCGCAAGUCCACCACACGGCGCAAUCGCCGUCGCCAUCUUCUUUCCAUUUUACGUCAUCGCCGAGGUCCCCUCAAACAUGGCCAUGAAGCGCUUCCGACCCUCCAUCUGGAUCCCCAGCAUCAUGGUCGUCUGGGGCUUCAUGACCAUCAUGCUCGGCGUCGUCCAGUCCUUUGGCGGGCUACUCGCCGUCCGCAGCCUACUUGGACUCGCCGAGGGCGGCCUCUUUCCCGGCAUCACCUACUACAUCACCAUGUGGUACCGCCGCCACGAAUGCGGCCUGCGCAUGGCCAUCUUCUUCUCCGCGGCCACUGCCGCCGGCGCUUUUGGCGGGCUGCUGGCGCGCGGCAUCAUGGAGAUGCAAGGUGUCGGCGGCCUCAGCGGUUGGAACUGGAUCUUUAUCCUCGAAGGCCUGGCGACGUUUCUUGUUGCUCUCAUCGCGUAUCGCGUCAUGCACGACUAUCCCGAGUCCGUCAAGUUUCUCACCUCGGAGCAAAAGAAAGAGGUUGUUAGACGCCUCAAGCAAGAUCGCUCGGCUCUCUCCAAUGAAUUCAAACUCCCUUUCGCCAAAGACGCCUUGAAAGACUGGAGAAUUUGGGUACACAUGUUCAUCACCAUUGGCAUUUACAUCCCUCUGUAUUCCAUCUCCGUCUUUCUCCCCACCAUUGUCAAGGGUCUGGGUUAUACAAACGAAGUUGCGCAGCUCAUGUCUGUGCCUCCAUAUGCCGUCGCCUGUCUCUUCACCGUCGGCGGAGGGUUUCUUGCCGAUCGCCACGGCCAACGAGGCAUCUACAUGAUAGGCUUCAACAUUGUUGCAAUUCUGGGCUUCGCACUACUGGCCGGCGUUGAACACAAUGGCGUCAAGUACUUGGCGUGUUUCCUCGUGACGGUGGGCGUGUACCCGAACGUGCCGCAGGGCGUGGCCUGGAACGGUAACAAUAUUGGCGGAUCACUCAAGCGAGCCGUGGGAAUUGCCAUGCAUGUGGGCUUUGGCAAUCUGGGAGGUGCCGUGUCGGGGUUCGUGUUUCGGCAGGCUGACGCCCCACGGUAUCUAUCAGGGCAUUUGGCGUUAGUCGGGACCUUGUCUAUGAGUCUAGUACUCUCUGUCUUUAUGACCAUCUAUCUCCGGCGGGAGAAUGCCCGGAGGGACGCCCAGCACAAGCCACUGGCUGAAUACACGAAUGAGGAGAAGCUGAGAGAGAGCGAGAUGGGCGACAACGCCACAUUCUUCCGCUACACAGUGUAA